AUGUUCCAGCGAACAAUUCUCAGACAAGCCCUUGCUGCUCGGUCAGCCAUGACCUCAGCGUCCUCCACAUCAGCGGCGCCGCUCGCUCUCCGACGGACGGCGCGUUUGCAGUCACAGCUUCCAUCUGCGAUGAGGCCAUUUGCCCCUCAGCCUGCCCGUCGGUUCUAUUCCACUGAGAACAAUGGAGAGAAGAAGGAGGCCACAAAGGAGGGCGAAUCCGCGGAGACUACCGAGGAGGACCCUGUCCGUAAGGAGCUUGAGGAGAAGAAGAAGGAAGUCACCGAGUUGAAGGAUAAAUACCUCCGCUCCGUUGCCGACUUCCGCAACCUGCAAGAACGCACCAAGCGCGACAUGGAUGCUGCCCGCAACUUUGCCAUCCAGCGCUUCGCCAAGGACCUGCUUGAGAGCAUUGACAACUUCGACCGCGCACUGCUGGCUGUGCCUGCGGAGACACUCAAGGCUGAGCGCAGCGAUGCGAACAAGGACUUGCUUGAUCUGGUCGAUGGUCUGAAGAUGACUGAGAAGACACUCAUGAACACUCUCCAAAAGCACGGCCUGGAGCGCUUCGACCCAAGCGAGCAGGUGGAGGGCAAGGCCCAAAAGUUCGACCCCAACUUGCAUGAGGCUACCUUCAUGGCCCCUUCGCCCAACAUGGAGGACGGUGACGUUAUGUAUACCCAGAGCAAGGGUUUCCUGCUCAACGGCCGUGUCGUUCGUGCUGCCAAGGUCGGCGUUGUCAAGAACGCUUAA